AAAAUUAAACCGGAAACGCCAGAACCUAUAUAUAAAACUUUUCCAUUCAAGCAUGAAACUAUAGAAAUUAUUAGAGAAGAUCGAAUUAACGCAACUAUAGAAAAAGGAUAUAACGAAAUUAUAGACCAGAUUGAGGAUGAAGCAAUACAAGAAUCAGGAUGGUCAUUUGUUCGAGCAGAAGAGGUAUUUCUUGAAAUAAGUGCAUUCAGACCAUUACGAGGUAGUAGUCAUUUAAAUUUACCAGAAGCUUUAGACAAGCCACAGCUAGGAUUAAUUAAUCCGCAAAAUUUCAAUGAUAAUGAAUGUUUUAGAGAUUGUGUUUCAAUAUAUCAUGCAAGAAUAGAUGCACUAAAAGCUGGCCAAAAGCCUACACAUUUAGAACGUAUAAGUAAAAUCCGACGUUAUGGAAACAUAGCUAAUUUUGAAG